UGAAAUCAAGUGUAACAUUGCAAGAGAGGGUGUCAGACAGCAGCUCCAAAUGCUUGGAGCGCGCAUCGGGGACUCACCGACCGGCGAAUAAAACCACCCAUCGCCCGUCACUGGGUGCAAUUGAAUGAAAUCACCACAGUGUGACAGCAGAGCUCGGUGCACAGGAGGGUCUGGCAACCUUGAGGGUUCUAUCAGCCCAAUAAUAGCCAAACUCCUCUCCCCAUCGCCUCUCACUGAGGCAUUGGGCUCCCCAGGAUGAUCUGCUCCUUCUCCAAGUCUGGAUUCACACCUGCUUGGAGCAUCAAAUCCCCCAGAUGCUGAUAUCCCACUAAAGACUGAAAUGGAUGGUUUCAUCCCGGGGGCCGCUGACCCUUAAGUUUUAGUGAGAUGUCCUUCAGUGGCAACGCGAUCCAGCCCUCCCCGUCCUCGACGUCCCCUCUUCCGCCCGUCAACCGGACGACGCCUUCGGAGGAGGGACGCUCUUUGCAAGAGUGGGCGUCCAACGAGACUUUUCUCUCAGAUCUAUCUGUCCUCGGGCAGGACGAGCACUGCCCCACGUCCCCCAUCCUCACGGCGUUCCUGGUGGCGUGGUACAGCGUUACGAUGGUGCUCGGCCUGGUGGGCAACGUGGGCCUUAUGUGCAUAAUUACACGCCGCCGAGAGAAAGCCAAUGUCACAAGUAUUUUCAUUUGCAAUCUGUCAUUCUCUGACAUUCUGGUGUGUGUCUUCUGCCUCCCUUUCACACUCAUUUACACACUGAUGGACCACUGGGUGUUUGGGUCACUGCUUUGCCGCCUGGUGCCAUUCAUUCAGUGCGUGUCUGUGACCGUCUCAAUAUUGUCUCUAGUUUUUAUCGCUCUGGAGAGACACCAACUCAUCAUUAACCCCGCGGGCUGGAAACCCAGCAUUCCUCAAGCCUACACAGCUGUGGUUAUCAUCUGGAUACUGGCGGGCUUCACCUCCUCGCCUUUCUUGGCCUUUCAGCUGCUCACAAACGAGCCCUACACCAACAUGAUGCUAACCGAGCCGGCGUUCUAUCGAGACACCCCGCCCGGUAACUCAUCCGUGCUUCAAAAUACCCAAUACUUUCACAACCUUUACGCGUCCCUGCACAUGGAGGCAUGUCUGGAGCGCUGGCCGUCCCAACACGACAGGCUGACCUACACCACAUGGCUGCUCUUGUUCCAAUACUGCGGCCCUCUAAUUCUCGUCCUGCUUUGUUACGUCCGAGUCUUCGUGCGCCUGCGUCACCGCAAAGACAUGCUGGACCGCGCCAGGACGCCGGAGGGCCACCGCAUGGCCCACAGCCGCCGAAUCAACAUCAUGCUGGUGGCCCUGAUAACGGCGUUCGCCCUGUGCUGGCUGCCGCUCACCAUUUUCAACGCGGUGUCCGACUGGAACCAGGACGCGCUUCCCGUCUGCCACCAUAACCUGCUCUUCUCCCUCUGUCACCUCCUGGCAAUGUCCUCCACCUGCAUCAACCCCAUCAUCUACGGCUUCCUCAACUCCAACUUCAGGCAGGAAGUCAAAGAGGUGCUCCAGUACUGCAGCUGUCGCCCCCUAGAGGAGGAGAGCGAGCGGCUCCCCAUGUCCACCGUGCACAUGGAGAUGUCUCGCACCUCAGCGCCGCUCGCCUGCAGGAGUAACUCUGUUUAACAGAAGCUAAUAUCACAGCUAACAACUCAUUUUCCGCCUUCAAUGGACAUUCGAGCAUUUUCAUAAUGACUUAUAACGAAAACAUGUUUUUUUUCUGCAUAGUGCUAUUUAAAGGCCUACUGAAAUGAGAUUUUCUUAUUUAAACGGGGAUAGCAGGUCCAUUCUAUGUGUCAUACUUGAUCAUUUCGCGAUAUUGCCAUAUUUUUGCUAAAAGGAUUUAGUAAAGAACAUCCACGAUAAAGUUUGCAACUUUCGGUGCUGAUAAAAAAGCCUUGCCUGUACCGGAAGUCGCAGACGAUGACGUCACAUGUUUGAUGGCUCCUCACAUAUUCACAUUGUUUUUAAUGGGAGCUUCCAACAAAAAGUGCUAUUCGGACCGAGAAAACGACAAUUUCCCCAUUAAUUUGAGCGAGGAUAAAAGAUUUGUGUUUGAGUAUAUAAAUAGCGAGGAGGAAAAAAAAAAAUAAAAAAUUUCCAAAAUAUAAACGCGAUUGCAUUGCGAUUUUUUUAGACACAUUUACUAGGUUAAUUCUGGGAAAUCCCUUAUCAAUCAUCAAUCAAUCAAUGUUUACUUAUAUAGCCCUAAAUCACUAGUGUCUCAAAGGGCUGCACAGACCACAACACAAACCACUACGACAUCCUCAGUAGAGCCCACAUAAGGGCAAGGAAAACUCACACCCAGUGGGACGUCGGUGACAAUGAUGACUAUGAGAACCUUGGAGAGGAGGAAAGCAAUGGAUGUCGAGUGGGUCUAACAUGAUACUGUGAAAGUUCAAUCCAUAAUGGAUCCAGUCCAGUCCAAAGCGGAUCCAACACAGCAGCGAUCUUUCUAUUCUAUUGUGUUGCUAGUGUUUUAGUGAGUUUAAAAUUACCUGAUAGUCGGAAAGGUGUCUCCACGGGUGUCUUGACGCGCAGUGUCUCAGGGGAGUCGACGGCAGCUAUGGACGGCACAAGCUCAGCUUUUUUCUGGUAAGAACUGAUUUUUUAACCACAAUUUUCUCACCGGAACCUGCUGGUUGACAUGUGGUCGGGAUCCACGUUCUCUUGACCGCGCUCUGAUCCAUAGGAAAGUUUCACCUCCAGGAAUUUUAAACAAGGAAUCACCGUGUGUUUGUGUGGCUAAAGGCUAAAGCUUCCCAACUCCGUCUUUCUACUUUGACUUCUCCAUUAUUAAUUGAACAAAUUGCAAAAGAUUCAGCAACACAGAUGUCCAAAAUACUGUGUAAUCAUGCCGUUAAAGCAGACGACUUUUAGCUGUGUGCGUGCGCAGCGCUCAUACUUCCUAAAAACCUGUGACGUCUUGCGUACACGUCAUCAUUACACGGCGUUUCGAAGACGAAACUCCCGGGAAAUUUAAAAUUGUAAUUUAGUAAACUAAACCGGUUGUAUUGGCAUGUGUUGCAAUGUUAAUAUUUCAUCAUUGAUAUAUAAACUAUCAGACUGCGUGGUGGGUAGUAGUGGGUUUCAGUAGGCCUUUAACAGUGUUGCUUUAGUUGGCUUGCAUAAAUACCUUUAAUUUAAAAAAAAAUACAAUGCCAUGGCUUGAAUAGUGAGCGGUUUGAAACCUGUAAAAAAAAAAAAAGGAACAUUUAUGAAUCAUUUAAGCUAUUUUUUUUAAGAAUGCUGCUUGUUAGGAUUUUCGGUAAAAGGUUCACCCACAGGCAUGUACGCUUUAAUGUUGGUAUUUGGUGCAAAAGUGUGUGAUCAAAAAUGACGGCGGAAAAAUGGUUUGUGAAGUUCUCUGGUAUGUUUAGUUACUUUUGCAUUGAUUGCAUCUGUGCUGUGAAAAUUGGUGUUUUGACACUAAAGAAAAGCUGUUUUGUGGCAUUGUCAUGAACAUUUUUUUUUUAAUUAUGAAUGAUGCUUGCACAAGAAGGGUUUAAGAAGACGAAUAAAUAGCCUAUCAUUUACUUGACUGCUCCACAUUUUAUAUACAUAGGCACUUCUAGGCAGCCCUAUUGGCAGGAAGUUAGUGCAGUAGUCACAAACAAACACAUUCAUUUAUCGCUAGACAUCACCGCAAUAAAUUAAUUCGAGCAAAGUAGGAACCAUUCAUUUUGAAUCUAUUAUAAACAGCAUAAAAAAAAACUGUUUAUGACCUUCUAAAUAUGUUUAUCAACACUAUAAGAGCAAUGAAGACAUUAAAUAGCACCCUUUAGUCACUAAUUCAAUAUAGUAAUGCUGCCUGAAACUGAGCCAAUAAGCCAAUCAGCAGGCACAAUACUGAACAGUGCCCUCUGGUCGAUCUCCAAUACUACUGUGGUUUUGAUAUUUAUAGUUUAUUUAGUCAUCUUAUUGCUCGAGCAUGCUUAGUUUAGGACCAAAGUAGUGUAGAAUAUGCCUUAAAAAUAAUUUAAAAGAAAAUCUGUGAAGCCGUAAAAUAUUUUGUGCCUGAUGUGGCAAAGUAUGACGAUUUAGUUUGUCCAUGUCAACCAAAAAAUACUCUGAAACAUGGUUAAACACUGGUUGAUUGUUAGAUUUAGGGUAACUGUUUAAGUUCCAUCCAUCCAUCCAUCAUCCUCCGCUUAUCCGAGGUCAGGUCGCGGGGGAAGCAGCCUAAGCAGAGAAGCCCCGACUUCCCUCUCCCCAGCCACUUCGUCUAGCUCUUCCCUGGGGGAUCCCGAGGCGUUCCCAGGCCAGCCGGGAGACAUAGUCUUCCCAACGUGUCCUGGGUCUUCCCCGUGGCCUCCUACCGGUUGGACGUGCCCUAAACACCUCCCUAGGGAGGCGUUCGGGUGGCAUCCUGACCAGAUGCCCGAGCCACUUCA